UGAAAUAUAAGAGAAAUUGUUGAAUACGUAUGGUUUUUACUUGAUAAAUGUAAUAAUUUACUAUGUGAACAUUACGAAUAAUGAACUAUGGUUUAUACUGCUGUUAUGCGAUAUCUUAUGAAAGGUGGAUGAAAAGUGUCUGCUUUCUCAUUUUUCUGACAUUCGACAAACUUCUAAGUUCCUAUUCUGACUGGUAAAACUAUGUUAGCCAACUUUUUGAGUGAGGCUGCAGAAAUAGGAAGUGGAGAAUACAGGCCUACCAAAGGUUGCCGAAUCAUAGAAUUUGAAGUUCCUAAUGUAUCUGUUAAAGGAAUGACAACAAAGGCUGAAGUUGAAUUAUGGGAUGUAAGCGGUGACCGAAGCUAUGAGAAUUGCUGGCCUGCUAUUCAGAAGGGAAUGAAUGGAGUGAUUUUUGUGUACAACCCAGGCCGUGAUGAUCAGGCUCAGGCACUUGAGUCCUUACACUCUCAUUUUGCCGAGCAACAGGGAGUAAGAGAGACACAGUGCAUUGUUUUUUGUCACCAUAAACCUGGCUCUAAAGGCAAAGGAGCAAAGUUAGGUGCUUUUAAUGGCCCCUGAGAAGGCUGGAAGUUCCAGCUAGGCUGAGCAGAAUUUAAAAACCAUAGCAAUUCAAAAGUAAAUAAUGGCAAGAUUUGAAAGUGACGUCUGCUUGGUUGAUGUGCUGAAGGAAUUUGGGGUGCAUAAACAAACAAUUUCUUCCAUGAUAAAACAUGCUAAGCAUGUUUUAUCAUUACUAAACAAAGGUCUCGGGCCAAUGGAGAAAAUGUUUUAAUUGGGAGUAAUGUAAAACAUUUUGAUAGUUUUAAGGCAGUCGUAUGCGAAAAGGCAAGACAAGUGCAUGCUGAUCUCAUGAAAACCAUCCCUAGAAUGAGCGUUGAUACAGGAAACACUCAGAGUUCAAAACCAGCCAUGGGUGGAUGGAGAAAUUAAUACCUCAUCAUAGUGUGGCGAGGCAUGGGGAGGCUGCCAUUUCUGUUAAAAAUGCUGACAGAAUUCAAGGACUAUGUAUUACUAAACAAAGGUCUCGGACCAAUGGAGAAAAUGUUUUAAUUGGGACUAAUGUAAAACAUUUUGAUAGUUUUAAGGCAGUCGUAUGCGAAAAGGCAAGACAAGUGCAUGCUGAUCUCAUGAAAACCAUCCCUAGAAUGAGCGUUGAUACAGGAAACACUCAGAGUUCAAAACCAGCCAUGGGUGGAUGGAGAAAUUAAUACCUCAUCAUAGUGUGGCGAGUCAUGGGGAGGCUGCCAUUUCUGUUAAAAAUGCUGACAGAAUUCAAGGACUAUGUUGAAGCUGAAGGUUUUGUUUCCCAACAAGUGUUCAUUUGUGAUGAGGCAUGUCUAUAGUACUUCUUCCACACGAGAAGAGAAGUCACUGCGAAGGCUCUAUGGGAAUGAAGCUGGGGACCUAAAAUUUAAGCCUUAGCUUGUCUGUCACUCAGAAAUACCUACCUAGUGGAGAGACUAUUGCUUCUGAAGGCCAAUCUUGUGCUGGACAGUGCUCCAGGCUUGGAGGCCGAGUUACCUCGGGAGUUUAACUUUGUAAGGUAGGGUCUAAACCCCUACAUCUCUAAUUUAAAGAAACUAUGCCAAAGCAUUUAUUCCAGAGAUGAUUUGAUGUUCCUGUGAUACGGAGCUAACCCUGAUAGAAUUCUGGAGGAACUAUUCAACAUCCUCCACUGCAUAAGACUUACAGACUAAAGCCUGGCAUGAAGUGUCGCGCAGGACCUUGAGGAAAUUGUAACAAGAUGCUGUAAAAGAAAUGGAAUUUGAAGGCUUAUAGGCUGGACCAGUUGUGGAGGAUAUUGUGUCUCUGGGCAAGUACACAGGCUUGGAGGUCAGUGAUGAAAUUGUCUUCAGAGGAAGAGGAGGAGGAUGGAAGGGAGGAUUUUAAUUCGUUAAAAAAAGAAAUUUAUGCAAAAAUGGGGGUGGGGGGGAGUGCAAAGUUCCCUUGAAAAAUAUCACCCAGAUGGCAAACCAUGUUAUAAUCUUGCUGAUUGACAAUGUAAUGUUUCAAUUCACAGACAUUAAAACUCAUGCCACACUAAAUAUCAUUAGACAGGUUUUCAGUGAGACCAAAACUUCUUAAUCUAAAGAAGAUAAGAAAAAUAAGAAGACAGAGAAUCGGAACAACCCAGGAAGCAUAGCUGGUUAUCGUUUUCAUGGAAUAGGACUCCUAUCCCAACCAACAGUAUUUCCUCCUCCUCCUCCUCCUCUUAAUCUUCCUUACCAUCGUCCAUAUACUACGCCAUCAAUCUACAAGUUAUAGGUGAAGAAUAAAUUUUCAUGUACUUCAUCUUUAUUUCUUUUGUUUCGUUUUUUGUAUGAUUUAUGCAUGCUGAGGUUGUUAAAUUUGAGUUAAAAUGCUUUCAUUUUUUUAUUGUUUGGGGUCUCGAACGGAUUAAUCCAAUUCACAUUAUUCCUUACUGGAAAAAAUCAGUCGGUUUACGGACAGAUUGAUUUGUGAAUAGCCUGCUGGAAUGGAUUAUUUCUGCUAACCAAGGUUCCACUUGUAUGCAAUACCCUUAGUGCCUGAAGGGUUGUCAAUCAUGCCAUCCCCAAGUGCCUAAAGGGUUGUCAAUCAUGCAAUAUCGCCAGUGCUUGAAGGGUUGUCAAAUCAUUAGGUACGAACUUAGUACUUCACAUCACUUGACCAUGUCAGUUGUUUGAAUUCUGUGGGUUGUCAAAAUAUAUUAAAUAUGAAAAAUUCAAUAACAAAACAUCAUUCAAGAUAGGACAAGAAAAAACACAGAACAGUGAAAAGGGGUAGAACUUAUGAAAGAGAGAGAGAGAGAAGUAAGCAACUUGCUUUAUAAUGUUCCCACUUAAUGACAACAGGUUAGUAGUAUGUUGGGUUGCUAAAGUAUCCCAAAUUGUAGUUGUCAGUAAAUGGUAUCUCGGUAAUGAUGUACAUAACUUGUCAGUGUAGCGAAUUUCUAUGGCAAAGUCGAAAGAGAUCCACUUGAGGAACUAAACAAUACUAUUAUUAGAUUCAAUAUGAAUUUUCACUGUUAGAUCUGUAAUUUACAACUUCAGGAACUUA